UCCUGGAUGGAGUCACAGAGAUAUCACAACACAGAGAGUUCGGUAGCGCCAUGUCUGCCUCUGAAUGGAAGAAGCGAUGCGAGGCCGAGUACGGUCUGCAGGGCGCUCCGAUGCCCGACAGCGUAGACUGGAAGUCCGUGUUUGAAGCCAAACCUUUCGGGAGAAAUUUACUGAAGAACCCUUCGCCUCACGGUUUGAGCAAGGACUCCCCUCCACCUGAACCUCAGCAGUCUCAAGUGUUAAUACGUGGACCUCCGCGUUUUCAACCCAACGGUGACUUCAGCGGCUGGACCACAAGCACGGAAGUCCUCCCUUAUGACACCAGCGGCAUCCCAGAGGGCGUUGCAAUCUGUGCAUUGCCUCAGUACAGCUGGUUCUCCAUGGAGCAGGUUGUGGACCUGAAGGCAGAGGGACUGUGGGAAGAGCUGCUCGAUGAUUUUCAGCCUGAAAUAGUCAUCCAAGACUGGUAUGAGGAGAGUCAGCUGCAUAAGUCCAUCUACCAGCUGCAUGUCAAAUUACUGGGUGCAGAUAAGAGUACAGUGAUCUCCGAAUACUCUGUUAGCCCGACUGAGGACCUCAGCACUUACUCACACACGUGGAAGGAGGUGUCACAUGUGUUCUCUGGCUAUGGACCUGGGGUGAGAUAUGUCCAUUUCCUGCACCGACUGAAGAACAGCUUCUUGAAUGACUUCUUCCCCACAUUGUUCACUGGCAGCUCAGUGAUUGUCAGACUGCCCCAAAACCAGCUCCUGGUCUGAAUCCCACUGAAACUAUGCAGAUAUAGUUGCAUCCUAAUGAUGGAACAUUACAAAGUUAUUUUGGGGGUUGGUUUUAAAUAGUUUUAAUAUUGCAUUAUUGGCAUUAUUUUCAAAAUAAAACUGGUUUCUGCAAUAAUAAAAAGCAUUUUUUUUAUUUCACA